AUGACUGGUUUGGGUGUAGUAGAGUGGCUUAGACCCCUUGUUGAAACCAAGGCUUGGGAUUAUGUUGUUCUUUGGAAAUAUGGAGAUGAUCCAACUAGGUUUUUUGAGUGGGUGGGUUGCUGCUGUAGAGGGAGUUGCAAUGGAAACAUCGAGGAAGUGAAACCUGAAGAGGAAAUGGGUAAACUAUACCACUUGGCUCCCAUUUGUAGAGACACCUUUCAGCAUUCAGUUAGAACAAAGGCUUGUGAGGCUCUUGCCCAGCUUCCUUUUGCAUUGUCUCUCUAUUCUGGGUCUCUCUCUUACUCUCAUUCUGAUUCAAUUGGAACCCAAGUUUUAAUCCCUAUUGUUGGUGGUCUUAUAGAGCUCUUCACUGCAAAACUGAUUCCAAUGGAUAUGAAUACCAUUGAGUUCAUAACAGCACACGCUUGUGCCACUGUAAAGCAAGAAGCCAAAUCUGCUCAGAGCUACACCAAUCUGAACAUCAAAGAACAGCUUCCAUUAAGCGAACAAUACUCACAAUGCUGGCCACAGCACAUGCCAAAUUUAACUCCUAGUAUCCACCUGCCUGCAACAAAACAGUGCAGCUCCCAUCUUAGCAUUGAAGGACCCUCCAGUGGGUCUAAUCCUUCAACUGAAGAACCAUCAUUUGAUUCAACGUUUGCUCGCACGAUUCCACAUGAAUAUCUGAAGCAACCAGUUAAAAUAUCUCCUAUUUGCAAAAAUAAAAGGCCCAAGUACAAUGAAACUUCUGGGAAAAAGCAGAGAGGUUUGAGUUCCCAUUGUGGCACUGGGGAAAAGGAUAAAUCAAAAUUGGUCAAGGAGCCUCAAAAGGAUGGUUUCCGUGCUAAAAAUCUUGUCACAGAGAGGAAUAGGAGAAACAAGAUAAAAAAAGGGCUUUUUACUCUGCGGUCUCUAGUCCCUAACAUAACCAAGAUGGAUAGAGAAGCAAUUCUUGCAGAUGCAAUUGACUACAUAAAGGAAUUGCAGAUACAAGUAAAGAAGCUCAAUGAUGAGGUCAGGGAUUUGGAAGUACAGGACUGCGAGAAGAACACACAAUUUAACAUAAAAGCAGGCAAAAAACAAGGAGGAACCAGAACUAACCCUCUUAAUCAAAGUUCUUCAGAUUGUGUUAAAAAGACACAGAUGGAGGCCCAAGCAGAAGUGCAUCACAUAAGCAAGACAAGUUUCUUGAUUAAGUUACACGGUGAACAGAAGCAGGGUGGGUUUUCAAAGUUGAUGGAAGCUAUACAUUCAUUUGGACUGCAGGUGGCUAAUGUCAAUAUGACCACGUUUGAUGGCAAAGUCCUGAGCAUUUUGACGGUUGAGGACUCCAGAACUAAACACUCUUCAAAUUCCAUUUUGGUUUGGUAA